UGUUCACAACACAGCAGCAGUGAAGUGCACACCGAGCCCUGGGCAGGUUUUCCUCCUUAAAUAAAGAAUCUGCUCAAACUCUGAAGCACAGCUGCUGCUCUCCUGUCAGCGUCCUCUGCUCCGUCAGCCAUGAGUGACAGCGAUGAUGAUGAUGAUGUCCCCGCUCUGUCCGCUCACACUCUGGCUGCCCUGCAGGAGUUCUACAACGAGACCACAGCUCAGGAUGAGAGCUCGACACCGGGAGACCAGUUCGCUGUGGGAGCAGUGGAGGAGGACUGGCGGAUGAGUCAGUUCUGGUACAGUGAUGAGACAGCGACUCAGUUAGCCGAGGAGGUCAUACGUGAAGCCGGAGAGGGAGGCAGGAUAGCGUGCGUGAGUGCCCCCAGUGCGUACCAGAAGUUGAAGCAGGGCGUGGUGGACGGAGCGGGCCGCGUGUCCGCCGUCGUGUUGGAGUACGACCGCCGUUUCGCCGCCUACGGAGACGACUUCAUCUUCUACGACUACAACGAGCCGCUGUCUCUCCCGGCCCACGUGGCCCCUCAGAGCUUCGACAUCGUCCUCGCCGACCCGCCGUACCUGUCCGAGGAGUGUCUGAGCAAAGUGGCCAAAACCAUCCAAUACCUGAGCAAAGGCAAAGUGCUGCUGUGCACGGGAGCGAUCAUGGAGAAAUGUGCCAAGGAGCUCCUGGAUGUCAGAAUGUGCAGCUUCCUCCCCAAACACAACAGAAACUUGUCCAACGAGUUCCGCUGUUUCGUCAACUAUCCGUCUCGCCUGCUGUCCUGCUGAGGAGCAUUAACCUCCGUCUGACCGGAACCGGGAGCCCGAUUGAGUCGAGGACGUGACGAAACUUGACUCCCUGAUGAUGUCACGGUGAUGUCAUCAGGGUGAUGUCGGUUUAAGUUUGGAGACUACGGAGUUAAACAUUUACCUGCUUCCUUUAAGACCUCUGGCUGGAAGUUCUGGAAAAGGUGUCGGCUUGAACCAGAAACAAGAACUGACAAAAAAAGACUCAUGGAGUUGCAUUAUGGGAAAUGUAGUUUCCAGUGUGUUUGAGGCAAUACCCAUGCAACUCUGGCCUUAUGUGGUGUAAUGUAUAAGCUCUCUAACAAAUCAGUCUUUUUUAGGAGUGCACCAACUUUAAGUGGCACUCAGGGAGUUUAAUUUUCCCCUUUUGUUGAAUAAAGUAGUCGGUCUGAUUUCUU